UGGGAUUGGGAUGAACACUUCUCGAACAGGAUGAGUUCGUACGCAAAGUUACCAAACGAUGGCGACGAAAACAGACGCCCAGACAUAGGAAGGAACGCUCAAGAAAAUGGAGGAGACUGGGGAGUUGAGUCGCCAAUCCAGGGAACAGCAUAUUCUCCAGUUGAAGACGAAGAAGCGCAGAACAUUAGAUUGGAAGAUAUUUACGUGAAUAACUGGCACCCUGAUGACUUUAACGAGGUACAACCUGCUGGCUCGGAAAAGUCUGCUUACAGGAUUAGCGAAAGAAGUGGUUUUCCUCCGCUACUUGGAAACUUGAAUCAGGUGGAAACGGAAAUAGACUUGGAACCUACUAGAAGUGAAUGGGGUCCUUGGGAUUGGCAGCCUGGAAGCUUAUCUACUGGAAGACGAUUAAUGUAUCGCGUUUCGAGUCUUGCUAAAAGAAUAUUGGGAGUUAGCAGCAGUGACUCUUGGUUUGAGGACAGGGAAACCUCUCGUUAUUGUGGAAUGAUUUCACUUUUGUUGUUACUGGCUUUUGUUGUAUUAGGCUUGCCAGUGGUAUUGCACAAGCUAAGUCCGGAAGCACCGGAGCUUCCAGGUAAGACUUUUUUUGAUUUUCACUUUGAUCUUAGCUUUCUGUUGUUAAUAGGAGUCGCACAGGAAACAACCUCUACGUCUGUUCUUGUUACAGGUGCAAAAGGUUCGGUUGCCGCAGAUAAUCCAGAGUGCUCCAAGAUCGGAAUCAGAGUCCUUCGUGAUAUGGAUGGAAAUGCGGUUGAUUCAGCUAUUGCUACGACAUUGUGUCAAGGAGUGUUGAAUCCUUUCGCUAGUACAAUCGGUGGUGGUUGCUUUAUACUUAUUCGUUUGGCAAAUGGAACCGAAGAUUUUUUGGACGGAAGGGAAGUUGCUCCAUCUUCAUCUACAAAGGAAAUGUUUUUGAACAGCUCUACUUCAGUAGUUGGUGGGAAAGCAGUUGCAGUUCCUGGAGAGUUGAAAGCUUUAGAGUUAGCACAUCAACUCUAUGGAAAAGUUUCAUGGAAGUCCCUUGUCGAGCUGAGUGUAGAACUUGCUAGUUCUUCAAAGGUCGGACCACUUCUUGCCAAACGACUGAAAGAAUACAAAGACAUUAUUUUUGAGUCACCUUCAUUAAGGGAAUUAUUUACAAAAGUAGUUUUUGUAAAGACUCCUGAAUUCAGUUCUCGUGUGGUUUCCGAGUGUGUAAAUUCUUCUGUGGAGAAUAUGCAUCGAAGAUCGGAAGGAACUGUGGAGGAAAAUUUCAAUUCUUCUAACUAUGAAGGCGAAGAUGAAGAAUUUGUAUUGUUAGAAGAAAAUGACAAUUGGUCACAAGUAGCUUUAAGGAAAACCCUUGAGUUGGUUGCUGAAAAAGGGGCAGAUGCAUUGUAUCAACACUUAGCUAAAAACCUUUCUGAAGAUGUCAUUCGAGCCGGUGGGAUCCUAACAGCAGAUGACUUACGGAACUAUCAAGUUAUUCGACGUACCCCGAUUCAUUUCGAAUAUAACGGGUUGGAUUUGAUUAGUGUUCCACCUCCAUCUUCUGGUGGACCCACUUUAGGAUUGAUUCUGAACAUUUUGCAAUUAGCGAAAAUGAAUACGUUGGGCAGAAAUGGUCGUUCUUAUCACUUUUUAACGGAAGCAUUGAAGUUUGCAUUUGGUGAGAGGAUGUUACUAGGUGAUCCUGCUUUCGUAAAUGGAACCGACGAACAAGUUGAGAAGAUGUUGAGUGAGAGUUUGGCGAACGAUUUGUUUUCUCGUAUCGUUGAACAAAAGACUUUUGCACCUUCACAUUACAUCACGUCACAAAGGACUAUCAAUGAAGAUCAUGGUACUACUCACUUAUCUGUGGUUGAUGAAGAAGGAAAUGCAGUUGCGAUUACUUCAACCGUGAAUCUUCCAUUUGGUGCACGUUUUGUUUCUUCCUCUACAGGAAUACUUUUAAAUAACGAAAUGGAUGACUUCUCUACCGGAAAUCGUGAAAAUUCGUUUGGUUUAGCUCCAGCAGAAGCAAAUGAAGUAGAACCUGGAAAGCGGCCUUUAUCUUCUAUGAGUCCUCUUAUUGUUUUGAAGAACGGAAGACUUUAUAUGGUAUUAGGUGGAAGUGGUGGUCCAAGAAUCAUUACUUCAGUUGCUCAAGUAUUUUUGAAUAUUGCAACGUUUGGAGACGAUCCUGCAAAGGCCAUAGCGGCGCCUCGUUUACACCAUCAGUUGUUUCCAAAUACUGUUUUUUUGGAGUCUUUGAACAGUUCUUCUUGUGAGUUGACCGAUACUUUUUCAACUUCUUUAUCAAACAAGCCUGAUUGGUCUUACUGGUCCGACGUUUGUCAAGACUUGAAAGAUGCUGGACAUAAUAUUACAGUGAGUUUGUGUAGUUCUUUCCUUUUAUUCUAACAGUUUUGUGUCAAAGGCUCCUUCAGAAGCUGGUGUAGUUCAAGUCGUUGUAGUUACAAGUGACAUGAAUGGUGAUAAUAGGCGACUAUUGGCUGCUAGUGAUCCGAGAAAGUUGGGAAGGGCGGCGGCAUACUGAAGAAUAUAUAUAUUUGGUUAUUCAUGAUAAUAAUAUUAAAAUAAAAACUCUGUAUAAAACAGAAAUGUGACACUUUUUAUGUAUAGAAGAACAGAAUCGUAUCUCAGUUGAAAUGUUUCUUACAAGCCAAUCAUAUCGAAACAAUGGCGAGAGUAGAAAUCCAAAUUUCUCAACGACCGUUUCGGUGGAUACAUCCAAUACACGCACCCUCAACAGACGGGUGCGCAGCGGAUGAGCCUUUUUAUCCACUUUGAUGCGAUCCUCUUGUUUUCGUUAUCCGGGACGAUACGGCUUUCAUGUGAGGCGCAAUGAAUGAUGUUUGAUCAAUUUGUCAAGAAGACAUUCUGCAAAGUAGAAAAUGUCGUCACCAGUAGCAAUAACUCGACAGCUUGUAAAAGUUUAGAAACCAUAGAUGGUUCACAACUAAAAU